AUGGCGAGCAGUGUUCACGAUGCCACAGGAAUCAAGAGGUGGGACAGGAAAGGGAGUUCAUCGCAGUUGACGCUCCCGGAGAGAGACCAGCAGUUUAGUAAGGAUGUUGCAACCGAAGCUGUCAUACCAGUGGAGCUAUUUCAAGAUCACCCGAACUCUGCAGUCGUGUUCGUCCUGUACCGCAACCUGCACCGUGUUAUUGGAAAUUCAUCCACUGCAGAUGUGAAAAUGAUGUUUCCCCAAACUGAUAGCAGCAAUUCUUUAGCAGAGAUUGCAGUCUUGAGUAGAGUCCUCAGUGUCUCAAUUGUACCUCGACCAGAUGAGAGCGUCUUCACAAACUACCCGGUCUCCAUGAAUUUUGAGACCAACAUUAAAGAGGUAAAUGCUGAAAGACCCAACAAAGUUGUGGAUUUGGACACAGCUGUAUGUGUUUACUGGGACACAACGGAUUCGCCCAGAGGUAGUUGGUCCUCCAAGAGAUGUAAUUUCACCACAGUCACCCCUGCCUACACCACAUGCUCCUGCACUCAUCUAACCAGUUUUGCUGUCCUUAUGCAAGUCAUGGACAUUGAGAUAUCUGAGCAUGAUCAGAGGGCAUUGGAGAUUACAUCCUAUAUCGGCUGCAGUUUGUCAAUAACUAGUGUUAUCAUGUUGGUCACCACAUUUAUUUUCUUGAACAUAAAGACAGAACGUGUGUUGGUCCACAUCAACCUAGCCAUUGCUGUUGGCCUGGCUCGCAUCACGUUUCUAUUCUUAGACGUCCCUGCUAAGCACAGUGAUGCAUGUAUAGCGGUUGCCAUGAUGAUCUACUACACCAACAUGGCUAGUUUCUUCUGGAUGUUGGUUGAAGGUAUUCACCUCUACCUACACGUUUUGGUGGUGUUUAAUAUCGAGAGAAGCAAGCUCAGGUUGUACAUGAUUGUCGCCUGGGGUGUUCCAGUCAUUCUGGCAGCGGUCACACUAGGCGUAUUCUCAGAUAGCAUUCGCAAAUCGAACACGUGCUGGUUGCAGUCGUCCGAUAACUCCAUUUGGAUAUUUGUAGCACCUAUGCUGGCUGUUGUAGCAAUCAACUCCUGCAUCCUUAUACGUGUUGUCUUAGUGAUUUUCAAACUCUCCGCUGUGCAUGCAACAAGUAGACUUAAACAGGCAAAACAAGUAGCCAAAGCUACCUUGAUGCUGCAGCCAGUGCUGGGGUUGACUUGGGUAUUUGGUGUGUUAUCCCUCUCAUCAGGACUUAUAAUAUUCCAAUAUCUCUUCACGAUUCUCAACUCGCUUCAGGGGGUGCUUCUCCUUCUGUUUUACUGUGUUUUCAACUUCGAGGUCCAAGACGCCUUCAAACGUCGCAGGGUAAACUGGAAAAUACUUGGGCGGGCCACCAAGUCAUCCAGCGUAGCCCCAUUAAAAGAAUCCAACCAAUCGACAUCCUUUGCGCGCAAAGAUAGUGGUAUAGUAGAGUCAUCAGCCUACCUCUGGAAGACAUUUCACACAACUGAUGGAGGUGACUUAUCUAAAGGAAUUAAUCUUAAUCAACUGACAAUUUGAGAAACCUUGAGUAAAAUAAUGUUGUAUAUUUAUGUUAAAAUUAUUCCAUUUUCAAUGGAAAGUAGCAACUGAAAUAUAGCAUUGUAGAAUAACACUACUGCUGUUUUCACUGCCUAUAAAUUUCCCGUAUAGUUUAUCGUCUGCUAUAGUGCCUGAAUGAACCAACGCAGUAGAAAUGCUUUAAAAAACACUUUCAUUUUGCCUACAACUUGUACGGGCGGCCAGAGUUUACAGACUUAUCACCUUUUGGUUGGCUUUCGAUUUUGCUUCAGACUCGUUCAAAAUCGUUAUUGUCCCAUUAACUUUAAAGAGGGUUGUAUUUCCAUUUGGUAUUUUGUAGUACGUGUAUUAUUAUCUAGCAUUAUCUAGUGUUCUGAUAGCUGGGGUUUAACACUCUGUGAAUUAUUUUGUCACUUUUGUACCGACGUUCAGUAUAGUUUUAGCAGCCACUUUUAGGACAAACACGACUGCGACGUCACAAGAGUAGACCCAGUAGAUUUUGCCCACUUUGCAUCGCACGUAUUGUCACUGUGAAACUGUUGCAAAUCAGUAAUCGCUUGUUGCAAAUUAAUGUGAAAGUGUUAACGUUGUAGCACAAUGUUGCAUUGUACGUUGUCGAGUGCUAAUUCAGUAUCAGUGAUUCUAUAGAAACUGCAAUCGGCAAGAAAAUGAUUGCACGCUUCCCCAACUUUCCGAUCUACCUCUGGAGAGAUAUAUGAUGAGAAAUUGCAGGAAUCACAUUCUAAAACCUUAAACGUAAGAUGAGAUAUUUCCCCCUUUUGUAUUCUCGACUUUAAUCCACAUGUAAACUUCUGUGCAACAUUGGAACAAGACAAUUGGAGGGCAUAGUGAAUUGCCUUUUGAUUGGACAACAUGAGCCAGUUCGGUAUUCCAACAGCGCAUGCUCAGUAUAAGGCUAUUCGGGAAAAGCUACGCGCAAUAGUUUGUCCUAUCAGCGUAUCUAUACGCUGACUCACGUGUGCACAUCCUAAAAGACCCUGGCAUUUUGAAACACCAAAACUGGCCCAUUGAUAUUAUAAAAGUAUUGCAUAUGUAACUCUUCAUUCGUAGUAUAAUGUAGCAUCGGAGCUUGAUUAACUCUGCCAAUUCAAAGGACUUUAAUAUAGUUAGAAAAGUUUUGAAAGUAAGUGGAUCAGUUGCUCUAAUGUUAGGGUUAUUUCUUAUUCAAUCCCAUGUAGUAAAGAAUUGAUUACCUUUAAAUUGGUUGAACAUUUUCCUAAACAAUUUAUUUAUGUGGAUAGAUAAGAAUGAACUAGUAGUUAGGUAUCGCAAAUGGGAAGUUUUGGAUUACAUAACUGAAAUCUCAAAUACUAUACCGUGUGCGUUUGCUUACGACAGUCCAAGUUGCUGGUGCCUUCUGCAAAAGUUUUACCGACAAUUAUUUCUUGUGAUUGUAGUGUAUUCUUGUAUUAUGCAGCUGAGUAAAAAUAGAUCAAGACAUUACUGAUGCAAAGUGUGUUGUUUUAAAAGC